GACGAUUGCAUCGAUUCACGAAUAAAAUACACACGAUUUUACACGACACGAUACUGCACAAUGGACGCACUAGGCAACUUCUCCUCCGGCAGCGGCGACCCAAAGACGCAGAUUAUGCGCCAGGUGCAGCAAGAAGCAGCCAUGCAGAAUGCGCGCAUGCUUGUUGAGAAACUAAACGAACACUGCUUCGAGCGGUGCGUGCCCAAGCCCAACACGUCGCUCUCCAAAGGCGAAGAAUCGUGCUUCACGGCGUGCAUGGAGAAGUACAUGGGGGCGUGGAACACGGUGUCGAAGAGCUAUGUGAGCCGGAUACAGAAGGAGAACCAGCAGGGUGUUGGGGGUUUUUAG